AUGGAAACUUCGAAAGAGAUAUGGAACGCUCUUGAAAAGAAGUACAAGAUGGAAGAUGUUGGAAUUAAGAAGUUUCUUGCCGCAAAGUUCUUGGACUUUAAAAUGGUUGACAGUGAGUAUGUCAUAACUCAAGUUCAAGAACUGCAAGUCAUUGUACAUGACCUCCUUGCCGAAGGUAUGGUCAUAAAUGAAGUGUUUCAAGUUGCAGCAUUUAUUGAAAAGUUGCCUACGGUGUGGAAGGACUUUAAAAACUACUUGAAACAUAAGCGCAAGGAGAUGACAUUGGAAGACCUUAUUGUUCGCCUAAAGAUUGAAGAGGACAACAAGACUGCAGAAAAGAAGUCUCGUGAAAAUUCAAAAAUAAUGGGUGCAAAUAUUGUUGAAGAAGCUUCGACGAGCAAAAAGAGAAAGAAGCCAAAUCCUAGAGAAUGGUGGAUUGAUUCGGGGGCAACUCGUCAUGUUUGUGCUAACAAGGAGUUAUUUACUUCUUAUGCUCCCGCUGGACCCGACGAGACAUUUUUUAUGGCAAAUUCCGCUACUACAAAAAUUAAAGGAACGGGCAAGAUAGCUUUGAAGAUGACUUCUAGCAAGAUUGUGACUCUAAAUGAUGUCCUUCAUGUUCCUAAAAUGCGGAAGAAUUUAGUCUCGACAUCACUUCUAGUCAAGAGUGGCUUUAAGUGUGUUUUUGUUUCCGACAAGGUUGUAGUUAGUAAGACUGAAAUCUGGACUCCCCUAUUUUCUUUAGGCGAAUUCUGCUACUGCAUUCAUGAAUACAGUAGCGCAAAAACAGCAAAUACAGUCGCAUAG